CAUCAAUGGUCUUUGAACUGGAUGCCCAUUCCACCACAUCGAUCUUGAUCUUCUUACCACCUCUAACACUGACCCGCUCAUAUUCCGAAAACAAUGGUUUGUUCCUUUACACCCAUAAAGCCCAUAAUGCUGCCAAUAAGACUAGCCACCAAACAACCCUUCUUUCUUUCCCAACCCUUUACCUUGCCAGGUCAAGAGAAGUUCUUCAAUAGAGCCUGGCAUCACCCAAGACAUUGAAAAUAGCAAGAAGACUCACUUGCACCCUCUGAACAAAUGGGCAAUGGCUGAAGAGGUGAUUGAUCGACUCCUGGCUAUUCAUACACGUCACUAAGAUGGUGGAGAGCACAAAAACCUUCUUUGAAGGUUGUCAAUUGUGAGCAAUCUCAUCCUACCCACAAACCACACAAAAGCUGCCACCUUAGGAGGGGUGCGAUGGAACCAAAUGUAGGAAGUAUGAACCCGCUUUUCUUCCAUCAAUGACUUCCGAAGCAUCUCAUAGAAAGAGCGCACCAAGAACCGACCUGACUUAUCUUUAAGCCACUCUGCUGACCACAUCGCUAAGUGGGAAGGAAAAUAGCCUGCUUGAACAGCCCAUGGAGAUCAUUUCAAUCUGGUGAAACUGGAAAAAGAAAGAUGCAUUUAUUAUAGUUUCUUCUCUUCAAAUAGGCCAAGUUUAUUAUAAUUUGUUGGUGUGCACCCACCCUUUGAAAAGAUAAAGAAGGGCCAAGUAACCUACGAGCUUUGUGGUCUGCAAACCCCGAAUCAAAAGAUAAAGUGAAGAGGAAGGCAUAUGGAACUGCCCAAGAAAUCAGCCAAGUACUACUACUGCCCAAUCCUGCUCGACUGUGAUGAGAUUGGAAGCACUAGUGCUGAAAUUUCUUGGGUCGGUAGUAAGAGUCGAAUCCUUCGUUUCUGUUUUCGAGGAUGGAUAAGUAUGAAGUGGUUGAAGAAAUUGGAGAGAGCAGAUUGAUGUUGGUGCGUCAUGAAACAGAUAAAAAGAAGUAUGUUUUGAAGAGGAUUCGGCUAGGUGGGCGGACGGAAAAAUGCAAAUUAUCUGCUUACAGAGAGAUGGCUUUAAUUGCAAGGAUUCAAAACCCAUUUCUUGUGGAGUACAAGGAAGUAUGGAUAGGAAAGGGUUGCUAUCUAUGCAUUGUAAUGGACUACUGUGAAGGUGGUGACAUGGCUGACAUCAUUAAGAAGGCCAAAGGAUCGUUGUUUCCUGAAUCGAAGCUCUGUAAAUGGUUUGUGCAGUUGCUUCUGGCUGUGGAUUGCCUGCACUCAAACCAUGUCCUUCACGGAAAUUUGAAGUGCUCCAACAUAGUCCUAACAAAGGAUCUGGAAGUUCGGCUUGGUGAUUAUGGAUUUGCAAAGUUACUGAAUGAUGCUGAUUCCUCUUCUAAUGUGUUAGGAACUCCCAACUCCAUGUGCCCUGAACUCCUUGCGGAUAUUCCAUACAGCUUCAAGUCUGAUAUCUGGUCUCUAGGAUGCUGUAUGUUUGAAAUUACAGCACAUCAACCUGCUUUCAGGUCAUCUGACAUGCCUGGCCUUAUAAGUAAGAUACGUCGUUCAUCCAUUAGUGCACUUCCCAGUGUAUAUUCUCCAUCUAUGAAGAGUCUGAUAAAGAGCAUGCUAAGGAAAAACCCAGAUCAAAGACCAACAGCUGCAGAGCUCUUGAAGCAUCCUCAUUUGCAGAAGUACAUUGCCGAAUGUAUCUCACCACCAUCCUUCAUCUCAUGUCCUUCUCCAAUGAGAAAAACUAUCAGUGCACAUCGGCAAAGAGACACUCUGACAAUCAACCCCUACAGUAAUAGCUUGAGCUCAGACAGGGAGAGCUCACUCUGCUCAGUUCUGAGCAGGGAACUGCAUUCGACGGACGUGAUUGAAUGCGCCAACCAUGCCCUCCACCCACAACCAAUCAAUAGUUCAGGCGACAAAAACAUUCCCACUGCUCCAAAUCAUGUUGAAUCUGAUACUUGGAAAGACCAAGAAAACAACACACCAAUUAGUUCAGCCUCUACCAAUUCUGCAAAAGGCACCUUGUUAGAAUCUUUACCCAGAUCCAAUAAUACUUACCAAUUUCCUCAGCUCCCACCUUCAGUAUCCGAUGAAUCAAAACUCACUAGAUGCAGAGAUGCUUCAACUAAUAUGGAAGUUUCUUAUAAAUGCGAUCAUGUAGUAUCAACUUCUACAAAUUAUCAAGAACGUGCAGAAGCAUUGGAGUCUCUCUUGGAGCUGUGUGCGCUGCUGCUUCAGCAGCGGAAGCUCAAUGAACUAGCAGGUGUGUUGAAGCCAUUCGGGAAGGACGGAGCUUCCCCGAGGGAGACUGCUAUCUGGUUGACAAAGAGUAUGAAAGUGGUUGGCGAAGAACAAUGCAGUAACAGAGAUGGAUUGUUGAAGCAAUAGAGUUGGAUGGAAAUACGGGCUAGACUGACCCCUCAAAAGUUCAAAGAUUUGAAAUAUGAAAUUGUCACAUUGUAUGGUUGUUGUGGUUUUUCUUACUCAAAAGUGGUUUAAGAAAGCAUGUGAUUGGGGUGUAUUUGGCUCUGGUUGCACCAAAUAUCAUGAAAUUUCAUAGAUCAUCAAAUGUCUAUGAUAUUUGGUGCAGCCAAACGCAGCCUUAAGU